CCCCGUCGCCACCCUGGCCUUGGGGUGCCCUCUGCCCUUGUCCGGUCAGCCCUGCUCUUCGCUCCGCACUCGGCGUCCUCCCACCUUCCCCCUCGGCCCCCCCCCUUGACCAACUGCCUUGCUGGGGUACUGUUUCCGGGUCAGGGUGGCCUGUGGGGUGAGGGCACGGCGAUUGGGAGUGGGCCCCGGCGUGCAGCCCUCGCCAUGCCGCGCUCACGCCUGGGGGGAAACUCCCGAGACCCCCUGCCGCCUCCCCGCCCCCGCAGGGAGAUGUGCGGGUCCUUUCCGCCCUGUCUUGGCAGACCUUGCUGCUUUCCCAGGCAGAUGUUUCCAAAACCCAAAUCCCAGCCCACCGGCACCAACUUUUAGCAGUUGAGAGCGUGUCCCAGGGCGCCGUGCGCAUGGCGCCGGGUUGUGUAACCCGAGGACGCCGUUGUCGUUUUGCUCAUCUGUGCAGUGGGUAUGAGCCUGCUGUUGACCAGGCAGGUGCAGGCGGGUGGCCUGACAUUGUCAGGCAUUUGGGUGAUGAGACGCCUUCCUUCCCGGUCAUUCCUUCCGGAGACUGGAGCCCGCCUGUGGGAGCGCCUCCGGGGGGCCUCGUCCUUGCGGGCCGGGCCUCCGUAGCCGGAUCCGGUUCGGUGUUGGGCUGGGACCCGCUUCUCACGUUCCGUUUCCCGUGCCCCUUCUCUCGUCACCACUGUGGUUUUGGACAUUUAAGUGCAUUCAAGCCGAGUUUCUCUUUGGAGCCUGGUGAUCCUCCUUCACCUACUUCAGAGAGUUGCAGACGUGAUGGAGGAUAUUCUGUGUUAAAUCCUAUGUGGUUUUGCAGAUGUUGGUCUGAAAGACAUGCGCAGUGUGUGACAGUCUUAGGGGUACAGCUCCUGGAGAAGUGUUGGCUCCGGGGUGCACCGACGCAGACUGUGGCUUGACUUUGUUUAAUAAAUGGUUAUAUGGUGGCGACUGAAAGGGGCUCCCCGGAGGUUUACGGUGAUUUACAGGGAGGAGAGAGAAUCCAAUCUUUCAAUGUCUAAUGCAGAAUUCUGUUUUAACGUUGUAGGUGAAUCUUUUCCCCUUGACAUAGCUGAGGUGUCUGUCAUGUCUUUUGAUUUCCUAGAGAUGUCAUUUCUACCAAGGCCCCGAGGAUUGGUUGGUUCGUGGUUCCGAAACUUACUCUGCGAUAGCGGAAGUGUUUGUAUUUUCUUAGUAAUUUUUAAUGACAUGUUAUGUUUAAAUUUAGAUGAUAUUAGCAUAUCUGAGUUCUAGAAAAUGCUUUGAAGCAACCAAAGUGCAAGUUAGCCUAAGACACGUGCUUAUCAAGUUAGUGAUCUCAAGACCAUUUCAAAAAGCAAACAGGCGAUGAGUGUAACAUUAAAGGUUUCCCAAGUGGGAUGUGGCGUGGGAAGAGCCGGAACUUUGGGUUCAGUCCCUCUAAAUCCUGGGUGAGUCUCUGAGCUUCCCUUUCAUCUGUUCUUAAGGUUCCAGUGAGGUGCUAGAUUGGAACAUGCAUUGUCUAGAACAGUGAUAUUCAAGAGGCACGCUGGUCUCCUGCAAGAAUUUUUAAAGCAUGCAAUACCUGACUAUUUAGUCAGGGGCACUGACCUCAAUCUAAGGCUUAGAUUGUCAAAUUAAAAAUGACGACAGCCAACACAAUAGCUGUCUGGUGUGAACGAAUCAAAUUUAUACCUAAUUUUUUUUUUUUGUCACAUUGGCAAAAAAUAUAUAUAUUUUGGUGUGCUGCAGAAUUUCAUUAAUUAUCUUAUGUGUGCUGUGAGAUAAAAAAGAUUGAAAAUCGCUGGUCUAGAACAUGUCGGGUGCUCAAGGAAUGUUAAUGUCUCUCCAUCCAACAAAUAUUUGAAUCCCCUACUAUGUACUUGGCAUUGGUUAAGACCUAAAAUGCUAAAUUAAGCAAGGCUGAUGGGGGCUCUGCCUCCUUCCCUUGCAUUAUCACAAGCUUGGGACAGCUGAGCAGUGAACACAGCUUCUCAGUACUGGGUCAGUAGUAUUUCCCAUCAUUCUUGGUAGAGUCUGUUACAUAGUAGGUGCUAAGUAUAUAUCUUCAAGGAAUUGAAUUGAAUUGAUUAUAUAUCUUCAAUGAAUUGCAUUGGAACAUCAAGUAAAUAGGAGUCCCAAAGAAUAUUCCUGUCUGCAAAUCAGUGUAAUUGUUAAAAUCAAGUGUUGCUUGAUAGUUAGCUUGAUUGCAUUUCCCCACUUAAGUGCAACUGGUUGGGAAAUUUAUCUUGGAAAUUAUAAUAUCACCAAAUUUCUAAGAAUGUUUAUUGUUAGUGAGGUAUUCUUGGCUUUUGAGUUAAAUAGACCUAGGUUUGAAUUAAAGUCAUUGGGUAUGGAAAUAUGCUUACUCUCUGUGCUUCAAUUCUGUGAAAUGAGAGCAAUAAUAUCUCAUGAGAUGAUUUGAUGAGUUAAGUGAGAAUAUUAGAUAGUGCUUGGCACACAGUACCUGGUCAGUGAAUAUUAGUUCCUCUCUCUCAUUAAUCACAAAAGCAAGUGUUUUGUAGAACGAGAAAAUUCUUAAUUGCUAGUAUUUCAUAUUUUUUGUGCUCAUAAUUGUUUCAGAGUUUUGUGAUUGUUGCUAACAUAAAAAAUACACUUGAUUGUAGAUUCCAUUGAAUUUUCUACGUACACACAGUUUUACUUCUUCCUUUCCAAUCUGAAUGCCUUUUAUUUCCUUUUCUUGCUUGAUUGCAUUGGCCAGAACUUGCACUACCAUGUUGAAUAGAAGUGGUGAAAGCAGACAUACUUGUGUUAUUCAUAGUCUUAGACAGGGUCAUCACCUUGCCACUAAUAUUGUUGUGUGUCGUUCAAUAAGUAUUUUUCAAAUCAAAUGACUUCAGUGGUAACUGGAAGUAAAAUUUUCAGUUGUUUCAUCAGCAAAAGUGGAUCUAUUAUUGACAAAAUAUUCUCAUCCUUGCAGUAGUUUCAUGCCAUUGUGGUCAGAAAAGAUGCUUGAUAUAUCAGUUUUCUCAAAUUACUUAAGGCUUGCUUUGUGGUCUAAUAUACGACCUAUUCUGGAAAAUAUUCCAUCUACACUGUAAAAAAAUGUGUGUUAUGCAAUUUUUGAUGAAUUGUCCUACAUAUAUCUGUUAAGUCAAUUUGGUCUAAUUUUCUGUGUGGAUGAACUAUUGAUGUGAGUAAAGUAUUAAAAUCCCCUAUUGUUAUACAGUGGGGCCUUGACUUACGAGACCAUUAAUAAUUGCAUAUAUUUCAGUGCUUCUGUGUUGGGUGCAUAGAUAUUUAUGAUUCUUAUAACCUCUUCUUGGAUUGGCCGCUUUAUAAAUUAUGUAAUAUCUUUAUUUGUCUUCUUUUUACACUUUUUUGUUUUCAAGUCUAUUUGUCUGAUAUGAGUAUUGCUACCCCAUCUUUUUAUUUUCCGAUGAAAUAUCUUUUUCCAUUUCUUUACUUUCAUUCUGUUUGUGUCUUUCAGUUUGAAGUUAGUCUCUUGUUAGCAGCCACUCUAUGUCUUUAUUGGAGCAUUUAAUCCAUUUACCUUUAAAGUAAUUAUUGAUAAAUGUGUACUUAUUGCCAUUUUGUUAUUUGGUUUUUGGUUUUGGUAGUUUUCUAUUCUUUUCAUCUUUUUCUCUCUCUUCCCUUGUGGUUUGCUAGUUUUCUUUAGUGUGUCAGGGACACCCUGUUUUUCCUGCUUGAUCCCAUUGUUCAGGAAGCAAAAGGCUCAGGGCAGUCAGUGUACCUGGGAACAGCUGUGGUGAUCUUCAGGUUUUGGUUCCCAUCAUGGCCAUCACACAGUUUCGGUUAUUUAAAGUUUGUACCUGCUUAGCGACAUUGUUCUCCUUCCUAAAGAGAUUAAUAUGCAGAUCUGGCAGAGGACGGAAAUUAAGUGGAGACCAAAUAACUUUGCCAACUACAGUUGAUUAUUCAUCAGUUCCAAAACAGACAGAUAUUGAAGAGUGGACUUCCUGGGAUGAAGAUGCUCCCACAAGCAUAAAGAUUGAAGGAGGGAAUGGGAAUGUGGCAACACAACAAAAUGCUUUGGAACAACUGGAACCUGACUAUUUUAAGGACAUGACACCAACUAUAAGGAAAACUCAGAAAAUCAUUAUUAAGAAGAGAGAACCAUUAAAUUUUGGCGUCCCAGAUGGUAGCACAGGUUUCUCUAGUAGAUUAGCAGCUACACAAGAUAUGCCAUUUAUUCAUCAAUCACCUGAAUUAGGUGACUUGGAUACCUGGCAGGAAAAUACCAAUGCAUGGGAAGAAGAGGAAGAUGCAUCCUGGCAAGCAGAAGAAGUUCUGAGGCAACAGAAGAUAGCAGACAGAGAAAAGAGAGCAGCGGAACAGCAAAGAAAGAAAAUGGAAAAGGAGGCACAGCGGCUAAUGAAAAAGGAGCAAAACAAAAUUGGUGUGAAACUUUCAUAACGAAUGUUCUUCAAAUGUCAUAGUGCCAGUGGGAGAAAUAUGAAUUCCACAACCCAAGCAACAUUUGUAUGAAUCUAAGAGUAUUUCCCGAAUACAAACACACUGUUUGAUUUAAUGCAUUCAUCAGGCCAUUCAGGACACUAGGAUUCUGUCAAAGUACCUUGAACUUGUAGUGAUUGAGACUCAAAAGAACAAAAAAAACUUAUGAGACAAUAUUUUCUUCAACAUGUUCCAUUAUAAGACAGUUGUUUGCUGUAAGCAAAUUAUUACAAAUGGAAUAUACCAGUACCUCUUCAAGCUGGUGUUUCUAGCUGAAUAAAUGGGUGUAAAUAAUUUUGUGGUGGAAAGAACUCUGUCGUCUAUAAUGUUCUUCAUUGUGCAUAAUGAUAAAAUAAAUAAUUUUAAAUAUUCACUUGUUUCCAUGAUUAUCCGACCUAAAUCAGACAAAUUUGCAGGGCUUUAACUUUUCUAUUUCUCUUGUCAGAAGCCGGUGUUGGCAUACAUUUCCUCUAAUUUGGACUGGCAUUGUUUAUAUUCAAUACAACAUUAAAGAAUUCAAUGAUUUUAGUUUUCAAGAAAAUAACAUUAAAUGCAAUUUUAUUUAUCAUAAAGAUUUUUGUACAUCAUUGUUUUCUUUUAGAUGGUGUUAUAAUGUUAUAAAUAUUUAUAAUUUAUAUUGCAUGUAUAAGCACAUUGAAAAUCAGAUAAAAUGGCAAACAAAUUUGUUUUACAUUAUUAUGACUGUGAGUUUUAGAAACUAGUAUCAGUAGUUUUUCCUUUUGUAGAUUUUUAGGAUGUUAUGGUCUCUUUAAAAACCUUAGUUCCUCCUCCCCAACAACCAUUCAUUUACAAAUGCAGAAAGCCUUUAGUUCUACUCUUUCAAAGCAUUCAGAUGAUUUCUGUAUCAGUUUUACAUAUCUGGUGUAAUGCAGGUUACCUGUGUUGGCCACAUUAUUGAUUUAUUAAAUUAUAAACCAAGAUAGGAAUAACAAUGACUUUAUUUUUGGUGUCCACUAGCUCUAAAAUAGUCUUGAGGAAAUAAGAUAAAUAUUGUGUUCACUGGGGGAAAAAUGUAGAUUUAAUUGUUUAAAAUCCCAAUAAUUUUUUUCUCCACAAUUAAAAGACAUUCAGCCUGAUUUUCUAGGGCUUUUAGAAUUUUUAAAGGUUUAUACUUUCUUAAAAGUUAUUGCCCAAAAUUAACAUUUAGUGGAUUUUUAAAAUGUCAUACCCUAUAGGCCAAAUAUUGCUAAUAUAUUUGAAUUAAAAUGAUAUUUCAUAAUAAAAUGACAAACUAUACAAUGAGGGCUCUCUAAAUCCUUGGACUAAUCUUCCAGAGUAAAUGUGACUGGAAUCAGCUGAAAUUUAACUUUGGCAAAAAGCUUCUUUUUAUAACCCCAAAACACAUUUUCAGAUAUGUUUAUUAGAGAGUUUUUGCCAAUAAACUUCUAACUAAAUAGAAUUAGAUUCAAAAUUUUAAUAACAUAUAAAUGUACAUUUCCGUUAUUUGUAUUUAUUUUUAGUUAUGAGAAUUCAAUGUGAUUUUUCUAAAUUUGGGGUUCAUAAAGGAUAAACCUUCCCAUAAUACAAUAAAUUUACUGCUUUUCCCUAAUACUUGACAA